UCCCCCCCCCCCCCCCCCUCUCUCUCUCUCUUUCUCUCUAGCCCAUUUCUUGGAAGCUCACACUGCCCCCCAGCCAUGGAAGAUGCCAGGGGAGAAGAGGAAAAUUCGAUGUUCGAGACCAGCCAUGUCCUCGGCGCGCUGCUGGCCUCCUCGCCGCUGCUGGCGCGGGCGUGGGACCGGUGCGUGGCGGCGGCCGACGGCGGCGGCGCGUCCUCGCUGGGGUUCGUGCACGGCGGCGGGGACGGGGGGCCGGUCUACGUGGCGUUCUCCGGGAUGCAGGCCGCGCUGUCGGCGGCCGGCGCGGCGGUGGCCGGCUGCGGCGGCGCCGAGCUGUUCAGGCCGGUCGGCCUCCGCGAGGACGCCGCUGGGCGGUUCUUUGCGCCGCUGGUCGCCGCCGAGCCGGAGGACGCCGACGGGGAGCCGGUCGCCGUGCAGGCGCUGGCGCUGCAGGGGUUCUCGAGGCUGUGCAGCUCCCCUGAAUUCCAGGUGCUGCUGAACCAGAUCAGGGGCAAGGCAGUAGUGUUCACCGGCCACUCCCUCGGAGGCGCCAUUGCCACCCUCGUGGCGCUGCACUACCUCUGCACAUUAUCAUCAAGCUCAGCAUGUGCCCCUGCUCCUCCAGUGCUAUGCGUCACAUUCGGGAGUCCACUGCUCGGCAACGAGGCCCUGUCUAGGGCCAUCCUGCGUGAGCGGUGGGCUGGCAACUUCUGCCAUGUGGUCUCACAGCACGACGUUGUCCCAAGGCUCCUCUUCUGCCCACUCAAUGUCACCCCAGCACACAUUGCGGUCGGGCUGCAGCUGCAUCAGUUGCCGGUGCGCGCCCGCCGUGCAGCCGGUGUGGUGGCCACGGUCACUGCACGCAUGGCUGACACCAACCAAGAGUCACUGCGGCAGCUGAUCCUGGAGCACGCCGGUGCAGCAGCAAUUGAGCAGAAGCUUGCCGCUCCGGUGAUACGUGGCGGGAGCCCAUACCGGCCUUCUGGGGCAUAUGUCCUGUGCUCCCCCGAUGGUGCAGCGUGCGUCGACAACCUGACAGCAGCGGUGCAGAUGCUCUACGCAACGUUCGCCGCGUGGUGUCCUCCAGUGACAGGCGCAGCGUCACCGGAAGCCGCGCACUCCUGCUAUGGCGACCUCGUGGUGAGCAUGCCACACCACUUGCUGCUCAAGCGGCGCCUGGACACCACAGCCACCGUGCCUGCCGCAUCCAACUACGAUGUUGGCAUCUCCCUUGCACUGGAGGCGUCAGGCAUUGCCGGUGAAACCACAGAGGCAGCACCGGUGCGGCAUUGGCUGAAGACGUCGAAGCGUGUGUGUCGGAGCCCGAGCCUGAACUGUGCCAGCCUCGCGAGGCGGUUGGGACGGAUCACGCCCUGCCGAGCGCAGAUCGAGUGGUACAAGGCCUCAUUCGACGGCGAUACCGGCUACUACGACGCGUUCAAGCAGCGACUAUCGCCCAAGAAGUUCAGCAAUGCCAACAUGAACCGCAUCAAGCUCGCUCAGUUCUGGGAUGGCGUCCUCGCCAUGCUCGACACCAGCCAGCUCCCCUAUGACUUCCACCGUCGCGCCAAGUGGGUGAACGCUGCCCACUUCUACCAGCUCCUUGUUGAGCCGCUUGACAUCGCCGACUACUACCGGAACAACCUACACCGCACACGCGGCUCCUACAUCACCCAUGGCCGGGAGAGAAGGUAUGAGCUAUUUGACAAGUGGUGGAACCAGAAGGGCUGCACGGGUGUUGGCACAGGCGACACCUCAGCCGCCAUGGCAGCGAGGAGGAGCAAGUUCGCGGGGCUAACGCAGGACCCGUGCUUCUGGGCGAAGGUGGAGGAAGCACUGGAGCAGGUGGAGUGCGCCAAGAGCGAGCGCGACACGGCGGUGCUGGCAAUGAUGCUGGAGCGCCUCCACAAGUUCGAGCGCUACUCCAGCGAGCUGGUGGAGAACAAGGAUAUCUCCAUCGACGUUGUCGCGCCACAGUCAAGCUACUCCCUGUGGGUGAACGAGUGGAGCGAGCUCAAGCUCCGGGACGAAGUCAGGACAGUAUUGUUUCAAUUUUGAAGUUGAAACAUCUAUAAGCUAAUUUGAUUAAUUAAUUAGUUAGUUUGUUGAGCAUUUGUCAUCUAGUUUAGACAGAUGAAUGAGUGUUAGCAACAUAGUAUAGGUGAUUGUAAAUAUGCUUAAUCUUGUAGAGGCACUGCACUAUGAUGUAUCUGUUCUUCAUGUUGAAAUUUGCACUACCUUGGAGCUGAUUCACUUAUCUUUUCUUCUGUCAGGAGUUUGCUUCAUCCAAAACCUGUAUGGCCGUAUGCAUAUUUUUGUUACUAUGGAUAUCGCCAAAUGUGGAUAGUUUGGUGACACAGACUUGUUGGAAAGCAUAUAUCUUGCAGGUUUUCUGAAUUCUGACCAAAAAAAUUGUGUGCUGGGUUGGAUUCUUCUUUCUUCAGGUUGAGCCACCGGUGACUGAACUGUCUGAGGCUCUAGAUCCAGUCUGAAUCGUUCCAACCCCAGCUUGGAAAUUCUUUCAGGAGCACGGAGUUAUUUGGACUCAUGAUUCGUAAUUUCAUACUGUUAUAAAUUUUACUGUUCCCCCACCCAAAAAAAGGUGUACUUUACUGUUGCAAGUUUGACAUGUAAAAACACAAUUGAGCAGCAGAAGUCUGCGAAUUUCGCACCAAUCGUUCAAAAUUUUGCAUUAUUUCAUCCAUAAUUUUCAGAUA